GAGUUCAGAUCCCCAGCUCCAACGUAAAACACUGGGCAUGUUGAUGGUGGAUGUCUUAUGGGGUUCCAGGGGUGGAAGGUAACAACAGGAGGACCCCAGGGGCUCCCUGGCCAGCCAGCCUAGCAACUGCUGAGCUCCAGGUUCAGUGCACAGGCAUGCACAGGCACACACCACACAUACAUGGGGGAGAGGGGAGCAAGUGAUUGAGCACAAGUUUGUCAAUUGUGUGUCACACAGAAAUGGUUAGAGCAGUGAUUCUCAACCUAUGGGGUCGAGACCUCAUGUCAGAUAUCCUGAAUAUCAGAUAUUUAUGCUAUGAUCCAUAACUAGUAAAAUUAAAGUUAUGAAGUAGCAACGAAAUAAUAUUAUGGUCUAGAGUGACCGCAACAUGAGGAACUGUAUUAGAGGGUAGCAUAUUAGGAAGGUUGAGAAGCACCGGGUCGCAGGGUCAGAGGGCACACGUGUGCCUGCUGUGUACAGGAAGCAGUGAGGAAGGAGCUUGGAGCAGACUUUGUGUUCAUGUUUAUUUCACCAGUUAAAUUCUUAACGGAAUUGGUGGGUCAAAAGAAUUGUUUGGAGUUCAUUUUGAAGCUUCAGGGGAGAAAAAUAUCCACCCUCUAAAGGAAAUGACCUCAAUGUACCUCGAGUUGUGCCCUAUCUGGAUGAGCCUCCAAGUCCGCUCUGCUUCUACCGGGAUUGGGUGUGCCCCAAUAGGCCCUGUAUUAUCCGAAAUGCCCUGCAGCACUGGCCAGCCCUCCAGAAGUGGUCCUUCUCCUACUUAAGAGCCACCGUGGGCUCCACAGAGGUGAGUGUGGCUGUGACUCCAGAUGGUUAUGCGGAUGCCGUGCGAGGGGACCGCUUUGUGAUGCCCGCUGAACGCCGCCUGCCCGUAAGCCAUGUGUUAGAUGUGUUGGAGGGUCAGGCCCAGCACCCCGGAGUCCUCUAUGUACAGAAACAGUGUUCCAACCUGCCCACUGAGCUGCCCCAGCUUCUGUCUGACAUUGAGUCCCAUGUGCCCUGGGCCUCUGAGUCACUGGGAAAGAUGCCUGAUGCUGUGAACUUCUGGCUGGGUGACGCAGCUGCAGUGACAUCCUUGCACAAGGACCACUAUGAGAAUCUGUACUGUGUAGUCUCUGGCGAGAAACACUUCUUGCUGCAUCCACCCAGUGACCGGCCCUUCAUCCCUUACAAUCUCUACACACCAGCAACCUACCAGCUGACCGAAGAGGGCACCUUUAGGGUGGUGGACGAGGAAGCCAUGGAGAAGGUGCCCUGGAUCCCACUGGACCCCCUGGCUCCAGACCUGGCCCGGUACCCCAGUUAUAGUCAGGCACGGGCCCUUCACUGCACAGUGCGGGCUGGCGAGCUGCUCUAUCUGCCAGCUCUGUGGUUCCACCAUGUACAGCAGUCCCACGGCUGUAUUGCUGUGAAUUUCUGGUAUGACAUGGAGUAUGACCUCAAGUACAGUUACUUUCAGCUGAUGGACUCCCUCACUAGGGCUGCAGGCCUUGACUGAUGGCCCCUCACAGACACUGCAAAGGACAGGGGGACUGAUGGCGGUAUUUGAUUAGAGGCAGCCUGGAGUUGAGUAUGUCCUGGCUGCUGCCCAGGUUCCUGCCUGUGUUGGAUGUAGGACUAAGUUGGAUAUGUUGGAGGACCAGGAAAUGCCAGGCAAAUCUGGGUGAACAUGCCCAGGAACUUGCCACACAGGUGACAAGGAAGCACGGAUCAGGUACAGCAAUGCCUCUCACAGUGCUAUGACCUUGGGUGAGUCACUGCAUGUUAGCAUCAGUCCCUUGCCUGUAAAGUAGAGAUAAUAAUGGCUCUGGCUCCCAGAGCUGUGGGACUAGACGUGGGCCAACAUAGAAGAAGCGGUCAAUAAAAGGUGACACUGACA